UUUGUGAAUGGCGUGUUUACGGCUGCCUCCGCUUAUUUGUUUCGUAUUCCUUGGUAUUUACUGUGUGUUUUUUCAAGUCAGAGCUACGAAUACAUGUAACCGUGACAGUGAUUGUUCUUCAUCCUUUUGUUGUGAGAGAAAAUAUCCCGAAGACAGCAUAUGUAAGUCAGAUUGUAUUGGGGAGACUUGUUCCCUAAACAGCGAUUGUGCGCCAAAGGAAAAUUGUUGUCGUGGAAUAUGUCUUUCAGACUGCUCGGGGAAAUAUUGUAGUUCGACAUUUCACUGUGCGAAAGACCAAUUUUGUUGCAAUGGCGUUUGUCGUAUGAACUGUCUGGGAGAACAUUGUAGUUCGACAUAUCACUGUGCGAAAGACGAAUUUUGUUGCAAUGGCGUUUGUCGUAUGAAUUGUCUGGGAGAACAUUGUAAUUCGACAAAUCACUGUGCGAAAGACGAAUUUUGUUGCAAUGGCGUUUGUCGUAUGAAUUGUCUGGGAGAACAUUGUAGUUCGACAUAUCACUGUGCGAAAGGCGAAUUUUGUUGCAAUGGCAUUUGUCGUAUGAACUGUCUGGGAGAACAUUGUAAUUCGACAAAUCACUGUGCGAAAGGCGAAUUUUGUUGCAAUAGAAAUUGUAGUUCGAAUUGUAUCGGGGAAUCGUGUGUUUGGGAUAGCGACUGUGCCACCGGAGAAUGUUGUGAUCCCGACAACAAGACAUGUACAACAAGAGUUUGUAAGGUCACUAGUACCUCGACUGGUACUAACGUGGGAAAACGUUGUAGUUCGACAUAUCACUGUGCGGAAAGCGAAUUGUGUUGCAAUGGCGUUUGUCGUAUGAACUGUCUGGGAGAACAUUGUAGUUCCACUAAUGACUGUGCGGAAGGCGAAUUUUGUUGCAAUGGAAAUUGUAGUUCGAAUUGUAUCGGGGAAUCGUGUGUUUGGGAUAGAGACUGUGCCACCGGAGAAUGUUGUGAUCCUGACAACAAGACAUGUACAACAAGAGUUUGUAAAGUCACUAAUACCUCGACUAGUACUAACGUUAAAGGGCUCGAUGGAUUGACCGUGGCGCUAAUCGUCAUCGGUGUUAUCGGCUUUUUGGCAAUAAUAAUUUUAAUAUUCGUCAAAUGUCCGGUUCAUCGCGUUAUGGUGACGCAACCCAGAACUAGAAGAACUAAAGUCGUUAGAACCCAACAACAAGACCAACAACAACAAGACCAACUGUUGGAAAUGAGUCCACGAAACUCUCAACCUUAUCCACCAAAACCGCACAUACCAUAUGAACCUCAAGGCAUGGCUUAACCACCACCGGGCACAGCUUAUACUCCAACAACAAUCCCAUCAAAAACAGAAGAAGCGAAGCAAUACUAGGAAGUCACUAACUUAGCUUCCUAAUUCUACGCUAGCUUUUCACAGACGUACAUGCAACGGGCUACAUGGGUAAAAUUAUUUAAGGUCUUGUAUCUUUUGCAGGGCCGUAGCUAGAAGCUUAACUGGAGGGUGUAUAUAUUCAUAUAUUCGUCCUAUGCCCGACUGAUUUCUUU